CUCUCUCUCUCUCUCUCUCUCUCUCUCUAACUCCCUCUCUCUCUCUCCAAGCAUUAGCCAUGAAUGGCUUUGGUGAGAAGGUGAACUUCUCAACCCCAAGAAGCUUUCUCACCGUAUUCAAAUCUGAUCUAAAAGAGACUCUCUUCCCAGACGAUCCAUUCCGGCAAAUCAAGAACGAACUAGAACCGCUAGGUCGGACAAAGAAGGUGUUCGAAUACUUCAUCCCUGUCUUCCAAUGGCUUCCCAAGUACAAAUUUCACCUCUUCCGUUACGACCUCCUCGCCGGAAUCACCAUUGCCAGUCUUGCCAUCCCUCAAGGCAUUAGCUACGCUAAGCUCGCUAACAUUCCUCCUAUCAUCGGCCUCUAUUCGAGCUUCGUGCCUCCUCUGGUUUACGCCAUUUUCGGUAGUUCAAAGGAUCUGGCGGUGGGGACAGUUGCGGCGGCUUCAUUGCUACUGGCUUCAACUCUUGGAGAUAAAGUAUCCGCCACCGAAGAUCCUGCUUUGUAUCUUCGAUUGAUUUAUACCUCAGCUUUCUUCACCGGAAUUUUUCAGUUGGCUUUAGGGGUUUCCAGGUUGGGAAUUCUGAUCGAUUUCUUGUCUCAUUCAACAAUAAUUGGAUUUAUGGGAGGAACUGCAACGAUUAUUAGUCUGCAACAACUCAAGGGCGUAUUUGAUUUGACGCAUUUCACGUCCAAAACUGAUAUAAUCUCUGUUAUGAAGUCAGUCUUCAGCCAGAGGAAGGAGUGGAGAUGGGAGAGUGCAGUUGUUGGGAUAUGCUUUCUUUCAUUCCUCCUUUUCACCAAGUACCUGGUGAGGAACAGGCCAAAGCUAUUUUGGGUAUCGGCAAUUGCUCCAAUGGCAACCAUAGUUGUGGGCUGUGUUUUUGCUUACUUAGUUCAUGGGGAGAAGCAUGGCAUCCAAACUGUGGGUCACUUGAAUAAAGGAUUAAAUCCUUCAUCUCUUAAACAACUAAACUUUAAUUCUGAGUAUCUUCCUACAACUAUAAAAGCUGGGAUUAUCACAGGCAUCUUGGCUUUAGCUGAAGGUAUUGCCAUAGGAAGGAGUUUUGCUGUAAUGAAAAACUACAAAAUAGAUGGGAAUAAAGAGAUGAUAGCUUUUGGGAUAAUGAACCUUGUUGGUUCCCUUACUUCAUGCUAUUUGACCACAGGUCCAUUUUCAAAAUCUGCGGUUAAUUACAAUGCAGGAUCUAAGACACAAAUGUCAAACGUAGUGAUGUCUCUAUGUAUGAUGCUUACUCUAUUAUUCUUGGCUCCUCUCUUCCGCUACACCCCUCUUGUAGCUCUCUCUGCAAUUAUCAUGUCUGCAAUGUUUGGGCUCAUCAAGUACGAUGAAGCUUAUCGCCUUUUCAAGGUCGACAAGUUUGACUUCUGCAUUUGUAUGGCUGCCUUUUUGGGUGUCAGCUUCAUUAGCAUGGACAUUGGCCUCAUGUUAUCAAUAGGAUUGUCAAUAGUUAGAGCGCUUCUGUAUGUAGCCAGGCCUGGUACUGCCAAGCUUGGGAACAUUCCUAGUUCAACCAUGUUUCGUGAUAUAGAGCAAUACCCUAGUGCAACUGAGGUCCCUGGCAUUCUUAUUCUACAGCUGGGAUCUCCUAUUUACUUUGCUAAUUCUGCUUACAUUAGAGAAAAGAUCACAAGGUGGAUUGAAGAUGAUCUGGACGUAAAAAGCUCGAAAGGACAUGAUCUUGAGCAUCUUAUACUAGAUUUUGGAGGAGUUACAUCUAUUGACAUGACUGGCAUUGAAAUGUUAUUUGAAGUACAAAGGGACAUUGCAAAGAGAGGAAUUAAGGUGGUACUAGUAAACCCUAGGGUAGCAGUGUUGGAGAAGUUGAUGGUAUCAAAUUUUAUUGAGACCAUUGGAAAGGAAUCUGUGUCCUUAUCAAUUGAGGAGGCAAUUGAGGCAUCCCGUUUCAUGCUUAAUGAAUCAAAGAAUCCCUCAACUAGCAACAUUAUUGUAACUAAUGAUAAUGACCCAUAGGAGUUGGUGACCACUAAGUUAUAUGAUAAUUUGAAAUCAUCAAGUAAGAAGUUAAUUGUUGCCCACUAAUUUGUUGUUGUUGUUGUAUAAUUGAAUUUUGUCAUAGAAAUUAAUGUAGUUCAAUUGUAUCACUUAAUCCAAGUUUGGUAUCAUUUGAUAUGUUGAAAAUUAAGUUUGCCUUUCUUGAA